GCGCGCCGCACGCCCCCCUUUCGUCCAUCACUCCGCAGCAAGUGAAGCGAACAUGACGGCCCGGUCCUUCUCCGGAGCCCUGAAGCUCGUGUUCAACAACCGGUUAACCAGGGUUUCCAGUGCGGCCACAUGUCAUCAGAGACACAAGUCCACUUACACUACCAUCCCUCCACCGGCCCUGUACGGAGGCAGACACACCGUGACCCUGAUCCCCGGAGAUGGCAUCGGACCUGAGCUGGCCAAGCACGUGUGGGAACUAUUCCGGUUCUGCUGUGUGCCAGUGGACUUUGAGGUUGUCAACGUGGACUCGUCCAAGGACUCAGAAGAAGACAUCAAUAAUGCCAUCAUGGCUAUAAGACGCAAUGGAGUUGCACUAAAAGGUAACAUCGAGACCAACCACAACCUGCCCCCCUCCUACAAGUCCAGAAACAACCUGCUCCGCACCACUCUGGAUCUGUACGCCAAUGUGAUGCACUGCCAGUCCCUCCCAGGAGUGAGGACCCGCCACAGAAACAUCGACAUCAUGAUCAUCAGGGAGAACACCGAGGGGGAGUACAGCAGCCUGGAGCACGAGAAUGUACCGGGCGUUGUGGAAUGUCUGAAGAUCAUCACCAAGACCAAAUCUCUACGCAUCGCUGACUACGCGUUCAGAACGGCGAGGGCCAAAGGACGUGGACGGGUCACGGCUGUACACAAAGCUAACAUCAUGAAGCUGGGUGACGGCCUCUUCCUGGAGUGCUGUAAGGAGGUUGCCAGCGGUUACCCUGAGAUCACCUUCGACAGCAUGAUUGUGGACAACACCACCAUGCAGCUGGUCUCCAGGCCCCAGCAGUUCGAUGUGAUGGUCAUGCCCAACCUGUACGGCAACGUAGUGAGCAACGUGUGUGCCGGGCUGGUUGGUGGACCGGGUCUGGUGCCCGGAGCCAACUAUGGUGAGGACUACGCCGUGUUUGAGACGGGCACCAGGAACACCGGGAAGAGCAUUGCUAACCAAAACACAGCCAACCCCACGGCCAUGCUGCUGGCCUCCUGCCUGCUGCUGGAUCACCUGCGGCUCCACGCGUACGCCAGCAUGAUCCGCAGAGCCAUCCUCUCCACGGUCUCGGAGACUCGGCUGCACACGGCGGACCUGGGCGGCCAAGGCUCCACCUCUGAAGUGGUCCACUCCGUCAUGAACGCCGUUCAGAGCACCGGGCCCCUGACACUGAGCAUCUAGAACAAACAGUCAUGUGCUAACUCUCUGACUCUCUCUCUCUCU